UGCAAACAUGCCAGAGUACAGGAUUACACUUGUGCACUUAGUUUAAACCAUACACACUAAAACCCACUCGCGCACAGACUUAGGCUUGCAAUACUCAGUCUUAUCCCAAGCUUCUCCAAAAUGACCAGCACGAGCAACUUCGCGACAUACGCAACGCACGCUAUCAAUGCGGCGAAAGACCUCACCAUCGGCUCUGGGUCACUGCGUAUGACUUAUGUGAACUUUGUCACAGGGCCCUGGACUCUGCUCUUGUUCCCUUUCCAUGUAUUGCGAGUAGCGCUGCUCCGUACGCUACUCACAUACAAUGGAUGGACUACCAGACCUCACGCGACAUCGACUAUGGUAUACUUCUUGGUUCUUAAGUUGCUAGUCAUGUUCCCAGUUCCCACAUUCCAGUCUUUGCAGAAGUCUAUGCCGUGCUUGCCCGUGCCCUCUCUGAAGGAAUCAUGUGAUCAAUUCAUUACAUCCGUAGAGCCCCUCCUCACACCUGAGCAAUUGCAGAAAACCAAAGAUGACUUGCAACGCUUCCAAACGAAUGGCACAGGACAACAACUGCAAUCCACCCUGCAGUAUCUGUACUGGUCUAAAGACAAUUGGCUGAGUGAUAUUUGGCUCAGAGCUGCCUAUCUUAUGACCCGCGAGUUCUUACCCUGUGCGGCCAGUUGGUAUUCGUCCGACCUCAUGCCAUACUUAAGAGAGCAACACACGAAGAAUCAAGCCGAACGGUCAGCUACUUUGAUAUAUGCAACACUGAACAUUAGAGAUCAUGUGCUUAACAAGCGCGACUUUGAGGGCUUGUACACCGCAGUUGCAAUGCCCCUAUGUAUGAACGGAUACCAGGAUACAUUCGGUACUACCCGUGUGCCAAAGAAAGGCGAAGAUUUCCUGGAACAUCACCCUCAGUCAUCCUACAUCACAGUGUUGUGUCAGAACUUUGCUUUCAAGGUAGAGGUGGUACACAAAGACGGAUCACGUGCGAGUGUGAAGCAACUGCAGCAUCAGUUCGAGUACGUGAUGGCCACCGCAAAGGCCAUGAAAGAAGAUGGCGUGGAGCCAAAUGAUGUGUGUGUGCUCACCUCACAAAAUAGAGACGUCUGGGCGGAUGAACGCGAGGCGCUUAUCCAGUCGUCUGCAGAAAAUGCGCAGAAGUUGCAUACGAUCGAAUCGAGUGCGAUUGUCCUAUCUUUGGACCACGAAUCUCCCGUGCCGAGGGGGGAUAAGAAGAACUUGAACUUGGAUGAGUACGCGACAGCUAUGCAACACAAUCAUGGACAGAACAGAUGGUUCGAUAAGUCUAUGAACAUAAUCACUUUUCCCGACGGAUAUGCUGCUGUCCAGUUUGAACACAGUUUUGCCGAUGGAUCGGUGAACGGUCACCUUUGGGAAGCCAUCCUGCUUUUGGAGGCACGCAUGUACAAGCAUGUAUAUAGCAGAGUACAACGCAUCAGCGCUGAGAAGAAGAAGAAAUGCCCUGUGCCAAUUCACGAUAAAAUUGCCAAGGAGAACGCCCGCCAGACAAACAACCGGCUUGAUCUACCCACAGCUAUUCAAUUCGAUCUAACACCGCGUUCACAAAAAGCGUGCCAGGUGGCGCAGGAAACCAUCAAGCGCGAAUUGAAAGAUGUCUCUCAGGGCUGCCUUAUUAAGACUGGGCUCGGGAAAAGUCAUUUCAAGAAGCUCAAGAUGUCGCCCGAUGCCUUCCUGCAAAUGGCGCUCCAAUUGGCGCACAGGCGUGUCAUGGGCUAUUAUACCUUGACGUACGAACCAGUGUCCAUGCGCGCAUGGAGGCUGGGAAGAACCGAGACCAACCGAGUGCUGUCGAACGAGAGCAAGAAGUUCUGUGACGCGAUGAUCGCUCGCGAAACCAAUAGUGCGGACGCCCCCACAAGUGCCGAAACGAUAAGUCUACUGAAGGCUGCCGAGAAGAAGCACGUGAAUCGUAUCCGUUCGGCUAUGUUUGGAAAGGGUGUCGAUCGACACAUUAUGAGUAUGAAAAUUGUUGCGAUGUCCCAAGGAUUGGACAUCAAGGACAUGCUUGACGGUCCUGCCUUUACCUUGCCAUGGGGUCUAGUUACGACUACGACGCCCCUGCUUUUCGGUCCCAAAUACAAGCAGCUGUACUCAAGCUUGGAAGAAUCUGUAGUCACUGUUGGAGGAGGCUUUACCUCUUAUCAACCAGAUUCUCUUGGUAUGGCGUACUUCUUCUACGAUGAUGGUAUGUCGUUCCACACCACCGUACGAGUUGGUGAUAAAAUAAAGGAUGCGGAAGCAACACGGCUUCAGUUCCAGGAUGCCGUGGUUCAAGCCAUGGAUGAAAUCUAUGCUCUGCACAAAGAAUAAGUCCAGUGAAACUCCAGUUGUUUCCAAAAUUUGACAUCCGUAUAUAUAUGCCAAGAAUGAAAAGCUUCAUUUGAGAACAAUCAAAAGGGCGAGCGGGAAAGUGUGAAGUUCUGGGAACAUCACGCUGCUGCUCUCUCGCAAAUGCAAUUAGUGUGAUUGCGAAAUACUCCGUUUUCCGGUAAUGUAAUCCGAUUGUAAUGGAAAAAUUAAGCGACGAAAGAAUUCAUCAAUAAUUAAAUGAUAACAAACCAGUG